ACAGCAGCACAUCUCGACAGAACACCAAACCUCCGUCGCUGUGCGUGCGCGUCAUCACUGCGCGACGGGGAAUCCAGCCCGACCCGGAAGGAUAUGCGCUUCACUCACAUGUGGACAGGAUUUUAACAGCAGUGACGGGAACGUGCUGCCUGUGUGUUGUCAUACAACAUCAGCUACACGAGCGCGUUAUGAACCUUACAGUUUGGUUUCAGAAUAGUAAAUCAGUGUAUCUCUCUCAAUUACAGGUCCAGCUUGUUUUUGUUGUAGAUCGAUCUUCCAGAGGCGACAAAUGAUACGAUGGAAAAUCUAGAAUUGAGCCUAUCCUCACUGGGCACCAUAUCCAGACAUGUUGACAAAAGUCACAACCAACUAAGCCAAUAUCUCUCCAAACAGAUAUGGAGCCAGCAGGACAGGCAGUGUAUCCUGGACUGUUUGACUCGGCUGCUGUUGGAGAAGGACUACACGCUGCUGAUUGCUCGACACCUGCGCCCGCUGGUCCUUGAUCUGCUGGAGAGGAAUGCAGAGAGGGUCAAAGCUGGUCAAAGGAUUAACCAUGACCUCCAUGAGCGGCUGUGUGUGGCCCUCAGCAAACUCCUCGGCGUCAGUCCAGAUGCACAGGCUUUUGCAGCAAGGUACUUCAAUGACGCCCCCCCGGUGUUCCAGAGGCUCUUCUUCACCAGCGAGGAGGCUUCAGCCGUUCAGUAUGGCCCCCGGAGGAUGAAGCUGCGGGACCUGAUGGGAGCCACACUGCGUUUCCUCCAGAGCGACUGUGCAAAGUUUAGGAUGCUGUGGGACUGGAGUCCCUGCGUGUCACAGCUGCUUACCAGCGAUGUCAUGGUUCGAGGGUACACAGCUCAGUGUCUGGCUCUGGUCUCUCACAUGACUGAUAAUCAGAAAACCAUCUUUCUAAGAAAGGUGCUCACGGGCGAUGAGAUCCUGCACAUGAAGAUCAAAGCGCUAGAGGAAACUCAGCAGCUGGAAGUAGAAAAGGCUCUGGUGUUAGCCAAUCAGGGCUCUGUGAUGUGGCGUCAGGAGAAGGCGAAUAAGUUUACGAGGGGUCAGGUGGUGUCGGAGGACCUGUCCCGGAACGUUGUGGCCAUCUGUGGCGUCGUCCUCCCCAGGAUAGCUCCCAGAGUCUGUGAACAGGCAAACGCAAAGGAUCUGGUUCUGGUGGACUCUACGUGUCGUAAUCUGAGGAGGCUGGCACUGGCUGUGGCGUCCCAGAAGCCUGUGCUGCUGGAGGGUCCGAUUGGAUGCGGUAAAACUGCCCUGGUGGAGUUUAUGGCGGCUGUCACAGGACACACGAAGGCUUCAGAGAUCCUCAAGGUCCAGCUGGGCGAUCAAACCGACAGCAAGAUGCUGCUGGGGAUGUACCGGUGCACCGAUAUACCGGGAAAGUUUGUGUGGCAGCCGGGAACUCUGACACAAGCUGUCACUACGGGCCAGUGGAUCCUCCUGGAAGACAUCGACCACGCUCCUCUGGAUGUGAUAUCCGUGCUGCUGCCUCUGAUGGAGAAUAAAAAGCUGAUGAUUCCAGGACGAGAGGACUGCAUUGAUGUCGCUCCUGGAUUUCAGUUCUUUGCAACAAGACGGAUGUACUACAGCGGAGGCAGCUGGCACAAACCACAGAACUCUCACGCAGCGCUGCUAGACAAAUACUGGACCAAACUUCAGAUGGGAAACAUGACCCGAGAGGAGCUGAAGAAGGUUCUCAUCAGCAGGUAUCCUCGGCUGACGGUGGUGUCAGACCGUCUCCUGGAUAUCUACUGUCAGCUGACCGGAGAGAGACACUCGGACAUGGACACGAGCAGCCUUCAGCAGUCUGAGGAGCACAAGUCUGAGGACAGACACACACCGCUGGAGGGUAGAGCUCUGUCUCUGAGGGACUUAUUAAAAUGGUGUGAGCGGAUCAGCGUUAACUUUGACAGCACUUCACCGGCCACAGCACAACACGUCUUCCAAGAGGCUCUGGACUGUUUCACGGCCAUGCUGUCUCGUCCUGAGAGCCGACUUCGAAUGGCAGAAAUCAUCGGAAGCAAACUCAACAUCUCUAAAGAAAAGGCGCAGCACUUCUGUCAGCUGUACCAGCCUGGCAUCACGCUGAGCGAGCUGGAGGCCUCGGUGGGCAGAGCGGUCCUGAGUCGAAAGCAGACUGAAGCGGUGCAGCUGAGUGUAGAAAACCAGACAUUUGCUGCCACCCGUCCCUCGGCGGUGCUGCUGGAGCAGCUGGCGGUGUGUGUGGCUAAAGGAGAGCCGGUUCUUCUGGUGGGAGAGACCGGGACUGGAAAAACUUCCACCGUUCAACACCUGGCCAGAGUCACAGGACACAGGUUACGGGUCGUGAACAUGAAUCAGCAGAGUGACACAGCCGACCUGCUCGGAGGGUACAAGCCAGUGGACCAUAAGCAGAUCCUGCUCCCUCUGCGUGAGGCCUUUGAGGACCUGUUCUCCCAGACGUACUCCAGGAAGCAGAACCUGACUUUCCUGGGUCACGUGCAGACCUGCUUCAGGGGAAAACGCUGGCAGGAUCUGCUCAAACUCAUGGACCACGUCUGCAAGUCUGCGCUCACCAAAGAGCUGCAGGAUAAAACCGACGCUGACCUGCUGCAGGAGAAGUGGGAGGCACUGGCUCUCAGGCUGAGUCAGACCCAGCAGCAGAUCAGAGCCUGUGAGGCGGCCAUGGUCUUCGCCUUUGUAGAGGGGACUCUGGCUCAGGCGGUGAAGAAGGGUCAGUGGAUCCUGCUGGAUGAGAUCAACCUGGCGGCAGCAGAGACUCUGGAGUGUCUGAGCGGACUGCUGGAGGGCAGCGCUGGAUCUCUGGUGCUGCUGGACCGUGGAGACACUGAGCCCCUCGUACGACACCCAGACUUCCGGCUCUUUGCCUGCAUGAACCCAGCGACUGAUGUGGGCAAGAGGAACCUUCCUCUCGGCCUCAGGAACAGGUUCACAGAGCUGUAUGUGGAGGAGCUGGAGAACGAGGGGGACCUGAGGAUUCUGGUCUCUGAUUACCUGAAGAGUUUAAAUUCACCCAGGAAUAUCGUCAGCGGCAUCAUCAGUUUUUACCUGGCGGUACGAAAAGAGGCAAACUCCCACCUGGUGGACGGGACGGGUCACAGACCUCACUACAGUCUGCGGACUCUCUGCAGGGCUCUAAAGUAUGUUGCUGCAAAUCCCUGCAGCAGCGUGCAGCGCUCACUCUACGAGGGUUUCUGCCUCAGCUUCCUGACUCAGCUGGACAGAAGCUCCCACCCUCUGGUGCAGAAACUGGUGUGUCAGCACAUCCUGAUGGGGAACACAAAGUGUCUCAAACAACCCAUCCCAGCGCCCUCAGGCCGGCCGUGUGCAGAGGUGGAGGGAUACUGGGUGUCUCAGGGGGAGAUGGAGCCGGCUCUGGACCCGAGCUACAUCCUCACUGCCUCAGUCAAGCUGAACCUCCGUGACCUGGCCAGGGUGGUAUCUGCGGGGACUCACCCCGUGCUGAUCCAGGGAGAGACGUCUGUGGGGAAGACCAGCCUGAUCCGCUGGCUGGCUGCAGCCACAGGAAACCAGUGUGUGAGGAUCAACAACCACGAGCACACCGACAUCCAGGAGUAUAUCGGCUGCUACUCGUCUGACGACAAGGGCAAGCUGGUGUUCCAAGAAGGCGUCCUAAUCGACGCCAUGAGGAAAGGCUACUGGAUCAUCCUGGAUGAGCUGAACCUCGCUCCCACGGACGUCCUGGAGGCUUUGAACAGGCUCCUGGAUGACAACAGGGAGCUGUUUGUGGCAGAGACACAGGAAGUCAUCAAGGCUCACCCUAGAUUCAUGCUGUUUGCUACCCAGAAUCCCCCUGGUCUCUAUGGAGGCAGAAAGGUUCUCUCCCGGGCAUUCAGGAACCGCUUUGUGGAGCUUCACUUCGACGAGCUGCCGAGUGGAGAGCUGGAGACCAUCCUCCAUCAGAGGUGCAGCCUGCCUCCAUCCUACUGCACCAAGCUGGUCAAAGUCAUGCAAGACCUACAGUCCUUGCGUCGGGGGUCCUCCGUGUUUGCAGGGAAACACGGCUUCAUCACCCUCAGAGAUCUGUUCCGCUGGGCGGACCGAUACCGGCUGGAGCAGCAGACAGAGGACACUCAGGACUGGCUGCAGCACUUGGCAGAUGAUGGGUACAUGCUGCUGGCAGGACGCGUGAGGAAACCUGAGGAGGAGUCCGUCAUCAUGUCCAUCCUGGAGAAACACUUCAAACGGACGGUGAACCCUGAAAACCUGUUCUCCAAGAAACAGGUCACCAGCCAGUUCAGUUCCUUCGUCGACAGCAUCGCCGGGGUGCCUGAGGAGUUCAGACAUGUGGUGUGGACACACGGCAUGAGGAGGCUCGCCGUGCUGGUGGGACGUGCGCUUCGAUUCGGGGAGUCAGUCCUGCUUGUAGGAGACACCGGAUGUGGAAAGACGACGAUCUGCCAGCUGUUCGCAGCUUUAGCAGCACAGAAGUUCUUCUCAGUGAACUGUCACCUCCACAUGGAGACGUCAGACUUCCUGGGAGGCCUGAGACCAGUCAGACACACACAGACGAGUGGUGAGGACAGCAGGCUGUUUCAGUGGCAUGACGGUCCCUUGGUUCUGGCCAUGAAGGAGGGAGGAGUGUUUCUCAUGGAUGAGAUCUCUCUAGCAGACGACUCCGUGCUGGAGAGACUUAACAGUGUUUUAGAAACAGAGAAGUCCCUCGUGCUGGCGGAGAAAGGCAGCGGUGACGAUGACGACGUGGAGCUGAUCAGAGCGGCUGAGAGUUUCCGUCUGGUGGCGACCAUGAACCCCGGAGGAGACUUCGGAAAGAAGGAGCUCUCUCCUGCCCUCAGGAACCGUUUCACAGAGAUCUGGUGUCCUCAGAGUAACAGCCGCAGCGACCUGGUUCAGAUCAUCCAACAUAACCUGCGCUCAGGCCUCUCAUUGGACGGUGGAGACAUCGCCGAGCUGAUGCUGGACUUCAUCGAGUGGCUGACCCGGCAGGACUUCGGUCGGCGCUGCAUCCUGAGCGUCAGAGACAUCCUGUCCUGGGUAUACUUCAUGAACACGGUGUGUGAGCGGGACGAGGACGGCUUCAUGACCAUGGGAGCUCUGGAGGAGGAAGAGGAAGCGGAGUGGGACCUCAGACUGGACACUGUCACCGCCUUCAUCCACGCUGCGUGUCUGGUUUACGUAGACGGCCUCGGCUCGGGAACCACGGCGUCGUGUGCAGACAGCGCCCUCCUGGCACGCCGGCUGUGUCUGGGCUUCCUGCAGCAGCGUCUGAGUAAAAUGACCAAACUGGAUCAGGAGGUUCUGGACGCGCUGAGAGUCUACGACAGCUGCCUGCCGAGGGAGCCGCAGUGGGGAGAGGAUUUCUUUGGCAUUGACCCGUUCUACAUCGCAUUAGGGCCUCAAACUGAGUCUCGUAACCUGUCGGACUAUGCCAUCGCAGCCGGCACCACCGCGGUCAACGCUCAGAGGCUGCUGCGGGCCCUGAAGCUCCAGAGGCCGGUACUGCUGGAGGGAUCGCCCGGCGUGGGGAAGACCAGUCUGGUGGCUGCGCUGGCCAAAGCUUCAGGGAACCAGCUGGUCAGAAUCAACCUGUCGGAGCAGACGGAUGUGACGGAUCUGUUCGGGACAGAUCUCCCCGUGGAGGGAGGGAAGGGAGGAGAGUUUGCAUGGAGGGACGGCCCCCUGUUGGCGGCUUUGAAGGCAGGGCACUGGGUGGUCCUUGACGAGCUGAACCUGGCCUCUCAGUCCGUGUUGGAGGGUCUGAACGCCUGCUUUGAUCACCGAGCAGAGAUCUACAUCCCUGAGCUGGGAAUGAGCUUCCAGGUUCAGCACGAGAAAACCAAGAUCUUCGGCUGUCAGAACCCUUUCACUCAAGGCGGGGGGCGUAAGGGGCUGCCCAAGUCCUUCCUCAACAGGUUCACUCAGGUCUAUGUGGACCAGCUCACCAGCAAAGACAUGGAGUUCAUCGGAGACUCCAUUUUCCCGUCCAUCGAUGAAGAAAUCAUCGUUAAGAUGGUUGAGUUCAGUAACAAGCUCGUCCAGGAGGUGUGUGUGGAGCGGCAGUGGGGUCAGAGAGGAAGCCCCUGGGAGUUCAACCUGCGUGACAUGUUCCGCUGGUGUCAGCUGAUGCAGGCCGACCAAUCCCCGGGCUUCUUCAACCCGGGUCAGCACGUGGCCUUAGUGUACGCUGACAGGAUGAGGACGGAGGCUGACAAGGCUCAGGUCCUGUCCGUGUUCAGGAAGGUGUUUGGGGAGGACUUUGAGCCUUACAGCGGCUCCAGAGAGUUCCACAUCACUCCACUCAACCUGCAGGUGGGUUUCUCAGUCCUGCAGCGUAGCGGCGGUGCCCCCGUGGCCCUCGACCCCCCACUCUCCAUCACCCACCAGUCCCUGCGGCCCCUGGAGUCCCUGAUGAAGUGUGUGGAGAUGGGCUGGAUGACCAUACUAGUCGGCCCGACGGCCAGCGGGAAGACCAGCCUGGUGAGGCUGCUGGCUCUGCUGACAGGUCACCGGCUCCGGGUGAUGGCUAUGAACAGCGCCAUGGACACCACUGAGCUGCUGGGCGGCUUCGAGCAGCUGGACAUCAUGCGGCCAUGGCAGCAGGUGCUGGAGAGCGUGGACUAUAUAGUAUCCAUGGUGAUAAGGCGUGGCUUGAUGUCGCUGGACGUCGGCGUGCAGGACACGGAGUUCCUGCUGCAGACGUGGGGUCUGUUCUGUCGCUGGCUGAAGGAAGAGGGUCUGCAGAGGACCGGAGGAGCCGUGAACUCUGAGGCCCUGAACAAACUGGAGGUCAUCAUCCUGCUGCUGCAGAAACUCAACACCAAACUCAAAGUCUUCACGGACAUGUCCAAACUGCAGAUGGACUUCACGCUGCUGAAGGAGCGUCUCGCUCAGCUGGAGGAUGGAUGGACCAAUGGCGGCUUCGAGUGGUUGGACGGGAUGCUGGUCCAGGCUCUGCAGGCCGGUGAUUGGCUGCUUAUGGAUAACGUCAACUUCUGCAGUGCUUCAGUCCUGGAUCGCCUCAAUGCUCUGCUGGAGCCCGGUGGAUCUUUGACGAUCAACGAACGUGGCGUGAUAGAUGGGAAGACCCCUAAGAUCACCCCGCAUCCUAACUUCAGGCUGUUCCUGACCAUGGACCCUGUUCACGGGGAGCUCUCCAGAGCCAUGAGGAACCGAGGGGUGGAGGUCUACAUCCCAGGGGAGCAUGAAGGUGUCUGCUGGGACUCUCUGGACCUGAAAACUCUGCUUCACACUGCAGGGGUGACCGGAGACUGUGUGUGUGACCUGCUGAUCGAGAUCCACAAGAGCAUCAAGUCUGACAUCUGGGACUCUCCCGCCUCCUCAAUGUCCUCCCUCCUACAUGCUGCCACGCUGCUGUCCUGUCAGCUGCAGAGAGGUGUGGAUUUACCCAGCGCCCUGCAGCACGCCUGUGGAGAGGCUUACUCGCUUUGUCAACGCACCACGGCCAGCCAGAAGCAAGCCCAGCAGUUGAUCGAGCAGCGCUUAUCCAUUCUGGACACGGAGGACUGGGGCAGCGGGCUGCUGUGUGCUGGAGUCUGGCCCGACGGCUUCCCCUCAGCCCUCCUCUCCACCGAGGACUCCUGCUUCUCCUCCAUCCUCAGAGACGGACAGGUGCUCUCAUUCUGCCUGAACACGCUCAGCCUGCAGGGGAAACGGAGUCGGCCGCUGAGUCUGAGUGACCUGCAGAGGGCGCUGCAGAGCAGUGGAGUUCAUGAAGGCCAGGUGUUCUCUGGAGGAGUGGUGGAUCUGGCGGAUGGAGACGCUCUGAGGUUGAUCCCCACUGCAGUGAGACUCCUCACGGAGAGAGCGUCUCAUGGAGACUGGAUCCUCCGCAGCAGCUGGCUGUCUCACCUGGGGAAGAGCUACAAACACGUACCUGACCCGGCUCUGGUCCAGGUGGAGGCAGGAAACCGAGCCCUGAAAGCUGUGUUUGGAGGUAAACUGGCUGCAAAGGGGAAAUCUCUGGCAGAGCUGCUGCAACCUCACAGCAUAGAUGAGUACAGGAUUCUGGUGGACAUGCGGUGGAACAAGCAGUACCUGGAUAUUUUAGCCAACAAGUGCAACUUUGAGGAUGAGGAGAGAUACACCGAGUUCCUGGAGGCGCUGAAUGCAGUCGCUAACAGGAUCGUCCUGAUGAUGGACAGAGAGGAGCGGUCCGUCAUCUGUACCUGUGCCAUCAACCUGUCUGCUCAGAACUGUGCUCUGAGGAUAGCCACGGCCUUCAGUAAAGGCACUGUGGAUGUGGGUCACCUGCCCCACCCCGUGCUGAUGCACUUGCGGACCUUCUUUGACCUGUGGGACUCGUUCACGCUGCAGGCCGUGCAGAGCGGACAGCCCUACAUCUCAGAUCACAUCAUGUUCGAGAUUCUGCAGCUGCUGCAGUGGCUGGAUCGGUUCUGGGACGCCUGCAGCACGCUGCCCGCCGACUCUCAGGGCAUCUCUGUUCUGUCUCUGCACUGGCAGUGGGUGCAGAAACACCUGAUCCUCCGCCUGCCUCAGCUGCUGCUGGGAGACAAUGACGGCUCACUCGAAGGUCUGCAGGAGCUGCAGGCGGUCUCCGCAGCCAUUCAGACGGUUCUGUCAACCCCGGUGUCUGUGGCCUCCGCUCUCAAAGGGAUCCAGAAAACUCUGGGAAAAGCUCUGCCCUUCAAGCUGGAGUCGGUGGCUGAGUGUGCGUCUCGGCUCAGGCUCCUCAGUAGAGCUCUGGACGUGAGCGAUCUGAGGCUGGACGGCUCCUCUGCUCCCCUGCGGCAUGAGCUGGUCCGACUUCAGGGUGCCGGGCUCGGGCUGGAUAUUAAGGAGAGUCUGCUGGAGGCCUGGGGCCUCGUCCUGCUGGCCAACAACCAGCUGGACCCUCAGACUUCAGGAGUGUUGGAGAGGUUGGUGUCGAGUGUGGAGCAGCAGCAGCGUCAGAUGACUUCUAGAGGUCUCCUUGAGGUGUGCUCCCUGCCUGAGGGGGAGGAGCCUACAGACCGAGUCCACCUGGCCCGAGGGGAGCUGCAGCAGCUCAGCCGCAGGGCUCAGCUCUGGCCCCUCAUGGAGCAGCUGGCUGUCCUCAACCAGCUGAGACUGAGCACCGACCUGCUGCACCUCGCGCUCUCUCCCGGGGACCAAGAGGCCGAAGAGAGUUUACGUCGAGAACUCUCCAGACAUCUGCGUUACUGCCUCCAGUCCACGCCCAUGAACGUCAGUCAGCUGCAGCCGCUCUGGUUCCUGCUCAGCAGUGACCGGCCGGCUGAGGAGCUGCAGUUUGUCUGGUGUGAGCUGCUCUCAGAUGCUCUGUCUGCGCUGUGGAACAGCAGUGUGACCUCUAACCCUGACCUCUGGCUGAAGUGGGACCCACUGAGACCCGAGACCCCUCUACCUCUAAAGCUUCAUCACGGAGCAGACAGCAAAGGACCAGCCCUGCUGAGUAAAGCCGUGUGGUCACAUUGCAUGCUGGGAGUUCUCAGCAGCAGUGAGACUGAAGGGCGUUGGGAGCCUUCUGGGGCCGCCCUCCUCACCCUCUCUCAUGUCACCCUGGGGGAGUGGAAGGAGCGGAUCCAGCAGCUGCAGGAUGUUACUGCUGUGCUGUGGGACAACAUGGCCGCCCCGGCUCUGGCUGACUUCAGUGGCACAGAUUUCAGGCUGCAGGGUGCCGUCCUGCGUCGUCAGCUGCAGAGCAUGGCCGACCUGCUACCCCCCAGCCUGCAGGAGGGCUACAUGGAAAGCUGUGAGAGCCUGGUGGAGGAUUCGGACCCUCUGAUCGCUGCUCAGGAGAUCCAGACCGUCUUCAGAGACUUCCUGCCUCCUAAUCUCCUCCCUGCAGGGCUGGUGGAGGCCUGCAACACCUGCCUGCAGCAGUACGUCCAGAGCAAAGUCCAGGGCUCCAGUUCACCUGCACGCUCUGGAGUUUUCUGGGUCAACAUGGGCCUGCUGCAGAUCAAAGUGUGGACACCUCAGACCAUCUUCGACCCGGCUGUGAAGAGGGCCUACAAACUCAACUACGCUCAACAGGAGCUGGCUGUCCUGCAGGAGGAGUGGAACGGACGCAGCCUCUCGUCUCAGCUGACAACCGGAGCAAAGCUGGAGGAGAGCAGCACCACUGACGGCUUCCAGCAUCCCAGAAUCAGGUAUUUGUGGAUCCGCAUGCAGCAGGUGAAGGAGCAGAUCGCUGAGCUCUCCAGGAAGCAGGCCUGCCGCCCUCAUGAGCCUCAGUACGGUCGCCUCUUCCAGGACCUGCAGCACUACCUCUGCAGCAUCGGGCAGGCGUCUGCAGUGGAAGACCUCCUGUCCCACCUGCUGAAGGCCCUCCAGACCCCCACUUCCUCCUCCUCCAAGUCCAGGUCCGCAGUGCAGUCUCUGCUGAGGGAGGAGGCUGUGUGGCAGAGCUCGCAGCAGCGCUUCUGUCAGAGGCUGCUGGAGGAUUACCCUCUGUACCCCGACGUGGUCGGACCUGUGAGGACUGGGAUCUUCCUGCUCAGACACGGCAUGAGGCUGGUUGCUGCUCAGGUGGCCGCCUCGCUGACGCCCGUACCCAGUCUGCCCAAACUGGUGUCCUGCCUGCUGGCCUUCCCCUCCCUGUCCUCCAGCCUGCCGACCUACCUGUCUCGUGCAGACUUCCUCUGCUCCAGGUCCUGUAUGGAUGUUCUGCGCUGUCUUGUGAAGCUAGUACCGCAGCAGCAGGACCCGGAUCAUGUGGUACCUCAGUCCUCUACACUGCUGCUGAACGCUCUGCUGUAUGUGCAGUGUCACACUCUGUCCACGGGAGAGUUCAGCCCUGAGACACGGACACUCUUCAGACACAUCUGUCAGGCUCUGGUGAACGAGUGGGACGAGCAGGAGAGACGGAAGAGAGAGAGAGAGCAGCAGGAGGCAAGUCUUUACCGCAACCGCAGCAGACUUCACGGCUCAGGACUGACCGAGGAAGAGGAGGAGGAGAGAGACUUCAGACGCCUGUUCCCUCAGUUCAACAAGGACUUUGCAGACAUCGUGUCCCAGCCCACCCUGGAGGGUCCGACAGACUCUGAACUCCGGGAGGAAGAGGAGGAGAAGAUGAAGGAGGAGUCCUGUGAGAGCAGCUGUCUGUCUGCCUCUGCUAUGAACACAGUGGUCCAGAUUCACCAGCAUCUCUGUGUGGGACACGCUCGCUCUCUGUGGUACCAGAGCACUAAGCCGGACAAUCGCAGCAAAGAACACAUCACAGCCCUGGUGUCCUCCUAUCAGAUCGCUUCCCCUCUGAUGUCUCGCUUCUAUCAUCUGAUUGACUCUGACCUCGACCAGCAGCUGACCGGCAGCGAGCUGCUGCUCUCCGCCCUCCUCCAGAACACGGUGCAGGGCUCAGGGGGUCCUGACGGUCUGUCUGUCACUCCUGAGGGUCCGUAUGAUUUCUACCAGCAGCCCAACAUGAGCGAGGCCCGCCUGUGUCUGCCCGUCCUGGAGCAGCUGAGUGCAGCCGUGAAGCAGAGACUGGACGACUGGCCCGAGCACCCCGCACUGGUUCAGCUGACUGUGGUCGUGGACAGGAUCAUGGCUUUCAGUCUGGCUAGUCCUCUGGCAAAGUUCCUCAACGGCAUGGAGAUCCUGCUCAGCAAAGCACAGGACUGGGAGAACAACGCCAGCCGCUCGGUCUCUCUGCGGAAGGAGCUGGAACCGGUCACUCAGCUUAUAAUCCAGUGGAGAAAACUGGAGCUCAACUGCUGGUCAAGCAGUCUGGACAACGCAAUGAAACGGCACACUGAGAAAUCAACCAAACACUGGUUCUCCAUCUACCAGCUGGUGGAGAGAUACCUGGAGGAGCAGAGGAUGGACGCUAACACAGAUGAGGAGGUGGAGCGUCUGUCCCUGUCCUCCGUGUCCUCCACCCUGCAGGCCUUCAUGGAGGGCUCCACCCUGGGAGAGUUUCACACCCGCCUGGCCAUGCUGCUCAGCUUCCACUGCCACCUCCUGCUGGUCCCCGCCCAGCCUGGACAAGAGCCUUUGUCCAGUCUUCUUUGGAAUCUGCACAAAUACUACAGCCAGUUCUCUGAGGGCAUCCAGACCAGAGUGACUCAGCUCAGACAGCCCAUCGAGAAGGAGCUCAAGGACUUUGUGAAGAUCUCAAAGUGGAAUGACGUCAGCUUCUGGUCCAUCAAACAGUCCGUGGAUAAAACUCACCGGACUCUCUUCAAGUUUGUGAGGAAGUUCCAGGAGGCUCUGAGCGGUCCCAGCAUCCCCUCUUUGGUGGAGCAGGGAAGUGACACCAGCCUGGACAGUGUGGACACAAACCCAGAGGAGACCCCCAUCCACCGGGUCCACCGGGCACUGAAGAGCAACCCGCCUGGGAAGGGCAGAGACCUGGAGCUCAAUGAGGCCCCGGAUGAGGGAGCUGAAGCUUCAUCUCUGCAGGCUCGUCUGCCCGUUCUGUCCAGGAAGAUGAAGAAAAUGUGCGUCCAGCUGCUUAAGAAAAACCCUGUCCCUGAGCUGGCUGAAGACCUGGACUGCUUCACAGGUGAGGUGAUCAGUAACCUGCGGGACCUUCAGAGUCUCAAUGUGGACACAUCAGCAGAGAAGGAGAAGCAGAAAGCCGAGGUGAAACACAUCCUGCAGCAGAAACAGAGAGCACUGUCAGACCUGUUCAAGAUGCUCACAGAAAUCGGUCUGUCGUAUCGUAAAGGCCUGACGUGGAACAGGACGGCUGAUCCAGAGAAGACUCUGUGUCUGCAGCCGCUGGAGCUGAGCACGGCUCUGUCUGCUGUCAGGAACCAGGAGCCGGCUGAGAGCACGUUGUUCUCAGAGUUGGUGACAGCUUGGGAUGGAUGUCAGAAGUACUUUUACCGCUCGUGGGCCAGGAGGACAGCCAUGCAGACAGCUCUGCAGAACGCCGCCAAGGAGCUGGGUUUUGGGAACAUUGAGCGCUGCAGAGGUUUCUCUGCUCAUCUCUUCAAGCUGCUCCUCAGACAGAGACGACGACUGUCCAAACUCACAGAGCAGUGGGUUCAUCUCAGGAGUCUAACUAACAGCAUUCAGGGUAUCAAGACUGACCUCCAGAGCCACAGUGAGGAUCAAGGCUGCACCCUCCCUCCUCAGGACUCUCUGCAGGGUUGGGUCAGCAGAGGCCAGGACCUGGCCGCUCAGUGCUCUACCCUCCUGCAGCAGCUUUCCUGGCUCCAUCAGUGCUGCCCCGAGGACCUGCAGCAGAAAGAGGAGACGAGCAGCUGCAGCAGGCAGCACACCCUGAGGUGCCCGUCCCCGCUCGCUGCUCACCGCCAGCCCCCCGGCUGUCUGAUGAGGAGGGGGGACGCUGCCUGGUGCCAACUGAACGCUCACUUUGACAGCAUGCUGAAGCAGACGCAGAGCCUGAAGAAGGAGCUGGACGAUGUGGCUCAGCAGACAUCAGACCGAGUCCUCCACACAAGGAAACACUUUGUGACGUGCUGCUCCGCCUUCGAUCAGCUGGGAGCUGUGGUGGCUCAGAUGCCCGGCAUUGAGCAGCUCUUCACAGCCGUGAAUGUCAGCAGCACAGACAACCAGCCGGCCAUCUCACAGAGCCUGCAGUACGUCAGAGGACAGGUGGAGGCCAGCGUCACAGAGUUCACCACAUGGAAGACUGAGCUGCUCUCACUGGGACCCCAGAACUCAGAUCACCAGCCUGCCUUCUGCUCCGACUUCACUGCUGAGCUGGAGACGAACAUCAACACGGUGCUGUGUGCCGUUCAGACGCUCGUGAAGAGACGGGAGAGAGAGCAACAACCAGAGAAGCCCGAAGACGUCAAGAGAGAGGGCACUGCAGAAGAGGGAGAGGAGGAGGAAGAAGAAGAAUCUCUUGACCUGCUGAAGCCCGGUCACCUGACUCGACUCCUGGAGGAGGAUCUGGAAGCAGAGGUGGAAGCUCUGAGUUUGGGAGUAGUAAGCAAGGGUGUGGAGGGACUGCUGAGCCGCCUCAGGACUCACAGAGACUCGUGUCAGCCGUCACAGCUGCAGGAGGUGAGCAGGGCGUGCAGGAUGCUGGUGCGUCUGGAGCCUCUGCUCGGCGUGUACUGCGACGUUGUGCGCUUCUACGUGUCCGUGUCGGUGGGAGCUCACAGGAGCACGGGGAAGCUGCUGUCUGUGCUCGCCAGCAUCUUCACUCAGCUUGCUCAGAAGGGUUUCUGCCUCCCUCAGGAGCUGAUGGCAGGAGGAGACGGAGAAGGAGCCACAGAGUUUCACGACUACGAGGGCGGCGGUAUCGGAGAAGGCGAGGGCAACAAAGACGUCAGUGACAAGAUUGAGAAUGAAGAUCAGGUGGAGGACACGUUCCAGGAGGGUCAGGAGAAAGAGGAGCAGCAGGAGAAGGGAAACAUCAAAGAGGAGGACAAUGCCAUCGAGAUGUCGGAGGACUUCGAUGGACAGAUGCACGACGGGGAUGAGAAAGAACCAGGAGACGAUGAUGACUCGUCUAAAGAGGAUGAAGAGGAGCUGGAUAAAAAGAUGGGCGACCUGGGUGAAGGACAGACGGACACUCUGGAUGAGAGGAUGUGGGGGGAUGAUGAAGAUGAUGAUGACAAUGAAGGAAGUGACAAAGAGGAAGAGUCUGGACAGGGCAUGGACCAGGGCGAAUCAGAGCUGGUGGCUAAAGAUGACAACCUGGACGCUGCCGAUCCAAACAAAGACAAGAAGAACCAGGACGGAGACCAACAGAUGGAUGAGGAGGAGAAGGAGAAAAUCCAUGAGCAAGGAGACGAGAGGGAGUUUGAUGAGAACGAGGUGGACCCUUACCACGGUCAGCAGGACAAGAGACCGGAGCCUGAGGCCAUGGAUCUGCCCGAGGAUCUGAACCUGGACCAGGAGGAGGAGGCUGGAGACGGUGGAGAGGAGGAGGGAGAAGAGGAGAAUCCCUUCGACAUCGAUGAUAAAACAAAGUCCCUGGAAGAGAAGGAGGACGAACAGAAAGAGGGAGACGAGGGGGAGGAGGGAGCGGAGCAGAUGGAGGAAGAUCAGAAGGACCAACCAGGAGAGGAGAACAAUCAGGAACCAAAGACUGAAGAAGAAAAGCAGGAGGAGGAGGGAGGAGGAGAAAGAGCAGAGGGAGAAGAAGAGUCUGCUGAGAAAGAUGAAGAAGAAGAGGAGAAGGAGAAAGGACAGGAAGCAGGAAGAGAUGAAGAUCACACACUUCCUAAUGACAAAGGAGAAAAACCAAAGGAGGAGGAGGAAGGACCAGGAGAGGAUGAGGAGCAGCCGGAGUCAGCAGAGAGGAAGGAGCACGAUACAGACGGUCAGACAGGAGAGGAGAACGUUCAGAGUGACACGGCUGUGGAGCUGGCAGGAGAGGCGUCAGAGAGAGACCAGGCCAAAGAGGAGCACGGGACUGGAGCUGCAGACGCCAGCCAAUCAGAGGGCCACCAGUCAAAGCUGACUGCACGCAUGGCUUCACAGAGACAGACUCAGAGCCAAACUCAGAGCUUCAAGAGGAAACCGGGACAGGCGGAUAACGAGCGAUCCACGGGAGAUUAUAACGAGAGAGUGAAUAAGCGUCUGCGUACCGUGGAGAGCAGUAAGGAUCGCUCUGAGGACAGAGGGCAGAGCGACGCACAGCAGGAGUCUGACCUGUAUGAGCACAUCAAACAAGGAGAGUCCACGUACGACACGCAGACAUACGAUGUUGCCAGCGCAGACCAGCAGAAAGCAGCCGGACCUCAGCAGGACCAGGAGGACCAGAACGAGGAGGAUGUUGCAAUGGAAACAGAGAACCAGGAAGAGAACCUGCAGCCUGCUGAGGUCCAGGACCUGAAGCCCGAGCAGCUGGACUCCACCAAGGCCUCCAAAACAGGUGCAGACAGUGGAGAGAUGGAGGUGCAGACUCAGGCCGAGGGAGAGGAGGAGGAGAAGUGGAAGGACAGACUAAACACCAGAGAAGAAGAAAGAGGCGAGAGAAGCAAAGAAUCAACGAUCCACACGGUUCCUGAGCUUCUGCUGGACUCACUGCAGAAAGAAGAGAGAGACCCGGAGGAGGUCAGGAGGGAGAUGGAGCUGCAGCUGGAGGCCUGGCACAAACUGGCUCCAGGGACUCUGGAGGAGGAGAGUACAGCGGCCUCCAUGUGGCAUCAGUACCAGAGUCUGACCUCGGCUCUGUCCCAGCAGCUGUGUGAGCAGCUCCGCCUCAUCCUGGAGCCCACGCAGGCCGCCAAACUCAAGGGAGACUAUCGCACAGGGAAGCGUCUGAACAUGAGGAAGGUGAUCCCCUACAUCGCCAGCCAGUUUCGUAAAGACAAGAUCUGGAUGAGGAGGACCAAACCCAGCAAGAGGGAGUAUCAGAUCUGUCUAGCUGUGGACGACUCCUCCAGUAUGGUGGACAACCACUCCAAACAGCUGGCGUUUGAAUCUCUGUCUACGAUCAUCAACGCUCUCACUCUGCUGGAGGUCGGACAGGUGUCUGUGUGCAGUUUUGGCGAGCAGGUUCAGCUGCUGCACCCGUUCCAGCAGCAGUUCAACGACGAGUCUGGAGCUCGGAUUCUCCGACUCUGUCAGUUCCAGCAGAAGAAGACGAGAAUAGCUCAGUUUUUGGAGACGUCCACUAAAAUGUUUGUAGCAGCUCGCCAGCAGACUCCUGGAUCUCUAAACUCAGAGACGGCCCAGCUGCUGGUCAUCGUGUCGGACGGGAGAGGUUUGUUCCUGGAGGGAAAAGAGCGUGUGAUGGCCGCUGUCCGAGCCGCACGCAGCGCUAACGUGUUCGUAAUCUUCGUGGUGCUCGACAACCCAAACUCACGGGACUCCAUCCUGGACAUCAAGGUCCCCAUAUUCAAAGGACCAGGAGAACUACCAGAGAUCCGCUCCUACAUGGACGAGUUCCCCUUCCCCUUCUACGUCAUCCUACGAGACGUCAACGCCCUGCCGGAGACGCUCAGCGACGCGCUCAGACAGUGGUUUGAACUCGUCACAGCAGCCGACCAAUGAGAAGCCAUCGUUCACAGGCAGCAAACAACUGCACAAUAAAUGUACUGCUGCUGCUGCUCGCCUCUCUGACACACAAAAAGACUGGAGAAAAAAAAAAGAGACUGACCGCUGUACAUGUGCCUUUAUUUUCUGAUUUGUACUGUAGAUUUUAGUGGAUUUGAAAGCAAUCUUUGCUGUUUUUGUCCUUGUAAUCAGGGGGUUCUCUUUGUUUUGAGGAUUGCUUUAACUUGCACGUCUGAGUUGAAAUGAUAGAAACAAUAAUGUGAUUCCCCCGUGUGUGAAACACCUCAUUGAAGAGUCAGUAAAUACCUCUGUUUCCCUUUGUAUUAUAGCUCUGAAGUCAUGUUUGUGUGUGGAUGUGUUAGUCAGUGUUACAGAGAUCAUGGUCAUUCAUCUUCAGUGUGAACACAAUAACAGUGUGACCAACAGUAGCAUGUCAGUGAGGUCAUGACUGACUGAAGGAACUCAAAAAUGUGCCUUGGAGAGGAGGACAGUGUUUAUCUCACACCUGAUGAGCUCCAAGCUCUGCCGGGAUCUCUCAUGCACUUUGAAGCACAGGGACUUCAGAUCCCACUUUUGAUAAAACAAACGCCCCGUACAGUAUAAGACAUAUCGGCAGUGUUCAUCCUUCCAUGCUGUGUGACCUCCUGAGAGCUCAGAGCUCCUCACUGUUUGUAAUGAGUAGGUGUAAAUGUUUAUCAUCUCUGUGUUUUGUAACGUGCUCUUACAUGUAAGCGGACAUAUUUUAGAGGUUGUUUCUUCAUUGCAUCUGUGUGUUCAAAAAGAACGAUCAUGACAAUAAACAGUUUACAAGGUUGAAAAUC